AGCAAUGGAAACAGUUAAGACCUCCAGGUUCAUCACCGAGGUGACUCCGGCUAAGUUUAUAUCUGCAACGAGAGAGCCAUUCAAGAACAUGUUGACCACAAUCUCCGAGGACGAUUUCGACUUUGAAGAGCUAGUUAGAGCCACUGCAGAGAGACUCUCUUCAUCGUGUCCAGGCUUCUCCUCCUGGUCUCUUGGUCACUAUGCCAAGACCAACACACUCUCUUCUUCUUAGACCAUUUUUUUCCUUCUUUUUUUUGUUCAAUAAGACAAAGACCAAAGAAAUCAUACGUUUCUCGGCCUGGCCAUCCUUCAAUUUGUUUAAAGAGAAUCUAUUUGUAAUCUCUCAGCUCAGCU